AUGUCUUCUCGAAGACAACUUCGUGUUGUUCUCGCUCGAAAUCCUCCUGAUGCAUUUGCCAAUUGCCCUAUAUUUCCAACUCUAGAUGUGAUUGUGCAAUGUCCAUUUCCAGGAUGGACUAUCGAGGUUUUGAAAAUGAUAGGUGAUUCAUUGAAAUGGGAUAUUAUACCGGUUGUAACACCAACAAUUGUCGGAGGUCUCGAUUGGGGAACACUUAAAGAAAACAGUACGUGGAGUGGAGUCCUUGGAUAUCUUCAAAACGGAACUGCCGAUGCAGCUGCUCUCAUGUAUCAGAAAACGGAUAUGCGAAAUGAGUUCUUCGAGUUUUCAUAUCCUGUGACUAACGUUCAACCAGUAUUCGUUGUUCGCAAGAAAACUGAAAAUCUUGGAUCUGUUCUGUGGAACGCGUUCAAACCAUUCUCUAUGGAAGUUUGGCUGUGCUUGCUUGCAAGUCUGAUUCUCAAUCUUUUCGUCAUGAUUGCUAUUAGCCGAGUGGAAUUCAAACUAUUGUUCCGAGAAAGAUUUCGACCAUUUGAGAUGCUAUGGCACGUGGUACAACUUCAAUUGGAUGAGAAGAGUGACGAUAUGUUGUUUUACACAUUGGGUGGAAAUAUAGUCCUAUUUGUGUUUGCACUUUUACAAUCUGGCAUUUUAAUAGAAGUGUACAAAGGUAUGCUGCUAACUGCACUUAUCACAUCAAAUGGAGACAAUCCAUUUGCGAAUGCCGAUGAAAUGAUCAAAUUGAUUGGUGAAAAGAAAUAUCAUUUGACUACAAACUACAUGGGAAAUUGGUACUUCGAUGAUUUACAACAUUCGGAUCAGGCUCACUUCGUAAAACUUCGAGCAGCAACAUCGUCCAAUCCAGUGUGUAUCUGCUGCGUUGGAUUUAGGGAUACUGGAAAAUACAUUUAUCCAAUUCAACAAGAUUCGUUGGCGAUGCAAAUGAGCAAGGAACGAUGUAAUUAUGUGUACGUUAGUGAUGGAAUGCCUCAAGUUUCAUCGUUUUUCGUUUUUACGAAAAACUUUUCUGGAAUCGAAGAGUUCAAUCGACAGAUUAUCAUGAAUCAAGCAUUUAUACAAAGGACAUUCAAUAAAUAUUUCAAUCAGGGAUUCAAACUUGGUUUCAUUCCAAAAUGUGAAGUAACAGAAGAGGCACAAUCGGAUGCAACGAAACCUUUGGACAUUGAAUCCAUCAUUGGAGUUUUUACAAUCGGUGCCUUUGGAAUAUCUGCAUCUUUGAUUGCAUUUGUAGUUGAAAUUUACCAUUACUGGCACAUGAGGAUUGUGGCUCGUCGUGCCCGAAUGCGUGAUCCAUGGAAUGUUCGUAAUCUGGCUCGUAUCGCCCAAAUUCAUUUCACAACUUCUCAACAAUAUUCUGAUAUCGAUGUGAUGCGACUCGUUGACGCUCUGAACGCCUCGUCGAGUUCUCAAUCAUCCUCUGAUGAAUCUUCUUCGAUUUGA